AAGGGUGUGUGUGUGUGUGUGAUAUGGUAUAUUUAUUUUUAGGGCGCGAGCGCAAAUACAAUAAUAAUAAAUUAGAAAAAAAAAAACAUUGUCAGUCGGAGCUAAGAUGGCGAUGACACGGGGUCAAUUUGAAGGCCGGUCUUCUGGUUGUCUUCGUAAAUAUCGUAUUUUUUUAGUUUUUUUUAUAACAAUACUUUGUAUACAAGUUUAUCUUGCAUAUACAUUUAUCACUCUUGAAAAUGAUAAUCUUGAUUCAUCAGGCGAGCUGGGCUUGUCAAAAUACGAUAAAAAUGAUGGUCAAUUAAAAUUAUCAAAACAACUUAAAUUACCACCAGAUAAAGUUGUAAAUAAUAAAUUAAAUAAUCAUGUUAAUCAAAAUAAAACAUCAAGAAUUAAACUUGAUUAUAAUUUAUUAAAUUUUACUCCAAUUUGUGAUGUUACUGGUAAAGAAGCUGUUAGUGCUAUAACAAGAGCAAAAAGUCAAAUUUGUAAAGAAUUAAUUGUCAAUGUAACAUGUAUGGGUUUACAAGGUACACUUUAUCCAAAAAGAUUAUAUUCAUCUUGUCCACAUUCAAUGGGAUUUAAUAAAAAUCCUAAAAAAAUUGGCUGUUAUCAAGAUGAUAAAACACAUAGAAUGUUAACUGGUUUUUAUACUGUUUUAAAAAGCAAUAAUUCACCAGAGCAAUGUGCUCUAUUGUGUCUUCAAUAUGGUUAUCCUUAUGCUGGAACUGAAUACUCUGUUGAAUGUUUUUGUGGAGUUGAAGAACCAUCACAAACAAAACGUCUUCUAGACUCAAGUUGUAAUAUGAAAUGUUCUGGUGAUCCAAGACAAUCAUGUGGUGGUUAUUUAGCAAUAAAUAUAUUUAAAACUGGAAUUAAAAGUUUUAAAGCUCAAGAAGCACGUAAUAUUAGUACUAAAAUUGCUCAUGAAAAACCAGCUAGAAUUGCAUUUUUAUUGACUGUUAAUGGCAGAGCUAGCAGACAAGUUAAAAGACUAUUAUCUGUACUAUAUGAUCCAUCACAUUUUUAUUACAUUCAUGUUGAUGCUCGACAAGACUACAUGUAUCGUGAAAUGUUGGAAAUUGAAAAAUCUUGUCGUUAUGGUAAUAUUAAAGUUGCAAAAGGACCUGGUUUACGUCAUGCAAGUAUAUGGGGUGGUGCUAGUUUAUUAACAACAUUAUUAUCAUCAGCACGUAAAAUGUUAGAGUAUUCAAAAAAUUGGGAUUUUUUAGUUAAUUUAUCAGAAUCAGAUUUUCCAAUUAAAAGCAAUAAACAGCUAGUUGAAUUUUUAACAUUAAAUAAAGGUUUUAAUUUUGUUAAAUCAUAUGGACGUGAAGUACAACGUUUUAUAUCAAAACAAGGCUUAGAUAAAAGUUUUGUUGAAUGUGAAGCACGUAUGUGGCGUUUAGGUGAUAGAAAAUUACCACAAGGUAUACAAAUUGAUGGUGGUAGUGAUUGGAUUGCACUUAAUCGUAAUUUUAUUGAAUAUGUAUCAAAUCCAAAACCUGAUGAAUUAGUAUCUGGUUUAUUAAAAGUAUUUAAAUAUACUUUAUUACCAGCUGAAUCAUUUUUUCAUACUGUAUUAAGAAAUUCAAUAUAUUGUGAUACAUAUAUUGAUAAUAAUCUUCAUGUUACUAAUUGGAAACGUAAAUUAGGCUGUAAAUGUCAGUAUAAAGCAAUUGUUGAUUGGUGUGGUUGUAGUCCAAAUGAUUUUAAAAUAUCUGAUAUUAAUAAAAUACGUAAUACAAUUGAUAAAAAUUUAUUUUUUGCUCGUAAAUUUGAGCCAAUUAUUGAUCAAAGAAUUAUUAAUUAUAUUGAAGAAUAUUUAUAUCCAAUGAAAUUUAAUAAUAUCAAUAGAGCUAAUAGUAAAAAUAGUUACUGGCAAAGUUUAUAUCAUCAUGGUGAUUUAUCACCACCAGUUGAUGAUGUACUAUUAACAAUAACAAAUUCACUUGUCAGAAUAAUAUAUUCAAAAUAUUAUCAUUUAAAUAAUAAUAAUUAUAAUUUUAAGCUACUUGAAGCAAGUGUUUAUUUUAGUGAUAAUAAAUAUCAAGGUAUAUUAAUACUUGCUGAAGCUAGUAAUAAAAUUAUUGAAUCAUCAACAAUUUAUGAUAAUAAUGUUAAUUAUUAUCCAGAACGUUUAGAAGCACUUGUAUUAUCACCACGUAAUUUUUCAACAAGUAAAUUAUGGUCAAAUAGAAUUUUAAAUUUACAUGUGAGUACUGAUUAUGAUCAAAAAGAACAAACAUUUAGAAAUUUUUUAAGUUGUGUUGGACCAUUAUCAAGUCCAAUAUUAUCAUAUGAAUUUGAUUUAUCAUUUGUAACACCUAAAAAUUUAACAAUAUUUUGGAUUGAUACUAAUAAUUAUUUAAGAGAUGUCAAUCAAAUACAAGUUGAUGAAACAACAUUAAUUGGUUCAAUAAAACCACAACUUGAUGAACCAUUGACAAUUGGUAAAUGGAAUAUUUUUAUACUUGCUGAUAAUGUAUUAAUUGGACAAGUUAAUUUUUUUGUAACACCAUUGUCAUUCUUGAAUAAUCAUGAAAUAAAUAUUAAAAAAAUACGAGAUAUUCAUAAUGGACCAAUUAAUCAAAAAAAAUUAAUAAAUAAUAAUAAUCAAAAAUGGAUAAAUUUUUUAAAAACAAUUGGUAUCAAUUUAAAUGAAAAUUAUGAUAAUAAUAGCAAUAAUAUUAUUGAAGAACGUACAGGUGAUGAAUUAAAUAAUUGGAUUGAUGAAUUUGUUAAAAAGUAUUAUAAAAUUGAUAAAAUUUGUAUUGCAAAUGAAUUUAUAAAUAAUAAUGUUUUUAAAAAAUUGAAUUUAGAUAAAUGUACACAAACAAAUUGGAGCUCAUUGAGUCCAGAUCCAAAGGCUGAUAUUAAUAAUAUUUGUUAUACAUAAAUCAUUUCAUUAUAUGCCAUAUAUUAUUAUUAAAUUAUUAAUAAUAAUAAACAAAUAAUAAAAUUACAAUAAUUAUUAUUAAUAAGCAAUGCCAUUUUUUUAAAUAUGUAUAAAUUUUUAUUAAUAAUAUUGAUGUUGAUUGAAAUUAUAUGAGAUUUUGAAUGAAAAAAAAAACAAAAAAUUUAUGUAUUUAAUACAGAUUAUUAUGUCUUUGUAUAGUAUUGUUCUUCUUACCAUAUUUUUAUAAUAAUAAUAAUAAUAAAUUUUAAUUGUAAAUAAAAAUUAGAAGCGAAAAUUAAAUAAACAUACUAUUUUUAAUUUUAAAAAUAUA